AUGUUGACACUCAAUGCCUUUGCCACUUUGGCCAUCCUUUCAACUUUGGUUGCUGGUAUUCCUCUUCCACGAAAUGAAAAUGAGGCUGUCUCAUUUCAGAGCUACGUACCAACCACUGUUACAACAGUUGGCGAUGACGAGACUCUUCCGGGAAGCCAGAGAACUGAGAAGAGAGGGCGGCUCACAACUGAGGGUGUGACAAAACUUCAAAAACUCGGGCGCAUAAAGCCCGAACCAAAGCCUCAACCAGAACCUGGACCAAAACUUGAAAGACUUCCAAACGUUAAGAAAGGGCAGAAGUAUGAAAGUCUAGUUGACAUACUACCCCAAACUCGAUUCACUUCGCAGCAACGCCAGUUUCAGAAGAGGGCAUCGUGGCUAACCGUGAAAGCGGUGUUGGAGUCAGCGAAGAAGCCAAAAUCUCAACAACCCACACCAAUUCAGAGACAAAAUCAGUUCAAAAAAAAUAUAUAUUAUCAGAGACAAAAUGAGUUUCCAAAAAAUCCGCCUUUUCAAAAACUCAAUCAGAUUUCAAAACAGCCAGAACCCAAGCCACAAGCAGCAGGUAAAUUGACCAAAUCGAAAUCCUUCUAA